UCUGCUAGGGUCUGGAUUGGAGUAGCACAUAGACCGGACCCUACCCUGUAUGAGUGGUGUCUGAGGAGAAAAAGGAUUCCCACCCCGUCGCAAAGAAUCUACAUGUCUAAUAUUUAGACAUGUUCAGCUUUGUGGAUAUUCGGUUAGCGCUGUUUCUCAGCGCAACAGUGCUUUUGGUGAGAGGACAAGGCGAGGAUGAUAGCACAUUCGGCAGCUGCACAUUAGAGGGACAGUUGUACAACGAUAAGGAUGUAUGGAAACCAGAACCCUGCCAGAUCUGCGUCUGCGACAGUGGCACCGUCAUGUGCGACGAGGUGAUCUGUGAGGACACAUCCGACUGUGCUGAUCCCAUCAUCCCAGACGGAGAGUGCUGCCCUAUCUGCCCCGACAUUGAUGGACCCACUGGAGAGCCUGGCGAGAAAGGAGAUGAAGGCCCUGCUGGUCGUCCUGGCAACGAUGGCAUCAACGGACAACCUGGUCCUCCUGGCCCACCCGGCCCCCCUGGCCCCCCUGGCCUUGGCGGAAACUUCUCUCCUCAAAUGAGCUAUGUCGACUCAUCCAAAUCUAGCGGCCCAUCUGUCCCUGGCCCCAUGGGUCCUAUGGGUUCUCGUGGUCCUCCUGGAUCCCCUGGCUCCUCUGGUCCUCAGGGUUUCACUGGACCCCCUGGUGAGCCUGGUGAGCCCGGAGCUUCUGGUCCCAUGGGUCCCCGUGGUCCUUCCGGCCCCACUGGAAAGAACGGAGAUGAUGGUGAGGCUGGAAAAUCUGGACGCCCUGGUGAGCGUGGACCUGCUGGCCCUCAGGGUGCUCGUGGAUUCCCCGGAACCCCUGGACUCCCUGGCAUCAAGGGACACAGAGGAUUCAGCGGUCUGGAUGGAGCUAAGGGAGACGCUGGAGUUGCUGGCCCCAAGGGAGAGGCCGGUGGAGCUGGUGAGAAUGGUGUCCCCGGUGCCAUGGGUGCUCGUGGUCUUCCUGGUGAGAGAGGCCGUCCUGGACCUGCUGGCCCUUCUGGUGCUCGUGGUAAUGAUGGCAACGGUGGUGCUGCUGGUCCUCCUGGAUCUACCGGACCUUCUGGUCCUCCUGGAUUCCCCGGUGGUGCUGGUGCUAAGGGAGAGACCGGUCCUCAGGGAGGCCGUGGAUCCGAGGGACCCCAGGGAGCCCGUGGUGAGCCCGGAAACCCAGGAUCUGCUGGACCCGCUGGGGCUGCUGGUUCCCCCGGAUCUGAUGGUGUUCCUGGUGCUAAGGGUUCUUCUGGUGCUCCUGGUAUUACUGGUGCUCCUGGUUUCCCAGGUUCUCGUGGUCCUGCUGGAGCUCAGGGAGCUAUUGGUGCUCCUGGUUCCAAGGGUAACUCUGGUGACCAUGGACCUUCUGGACCUAAGGGAGAGCCUGGUGCCAAGGGAGAGUCUGGUCCCGCUGGACUUCAGGGACUUGCUGGCCCCUCUGGUGAGGAGGGCAAGAGAGGAGGUCGCGGAGAGCCCGGUGGUGCCGGAGCCCGUGGACCCCCUGGAGAGCGUGGUUCCCCUGGUGCUCGUGGUUUCCCUGGUGCUGAUGGAGCUGCUGGUGGCAAGGGAGCCCCUGGUGAGCGUGGUGCCCCUGGCGCACUUGGACCUCAGGGAGCCACUGGUGAGGCUGGAAGCUCCGGUGCCCCUGGUGCUCCUGGAUCAAAGGGUAUGACUGGUAGCCCUGGAAGCCCUGGCCCUGAUGGCAAAGCUGGACCUGCUGGUGCUGCUGGCCAAGAUGGACGCUCUGGACCUGCUGGCCCUAGUGGUUCCAGAGGACAACCUGGAGUUAUGGGAUUCCCCGGAGCCAAGGGACCCGCUGGUGAGUCUGGUAAGGCUGGUGAGAGAGGUCCCGGUGGAGCUACUGGCUCUGUUGGUGCCCCUGGCAAAGACGGUGACGUUGGUGCUCCUGGACCUUCUGGACCUGCUGGACCUGCUGGAGAGAAGGGAGAGCAGGGAUCUGCUGGUCCUUCUGGAUUCCAGGGUCUCCCUGGACCCCAAGGUUCUACUGGUGAGACUGGCAAGCCUGGUGAGCAGGGUACUGCUGGUGAGGGUGGCCCCCCUGGCCCCUCUGGACCAAGAGGCGACAGAGGUUUCCCUGGUGAGCGUGGUGCUCCUGGCGUUAAUGGCCCAGCUGGAGCCCGUGGUGCUCCUGGCCCUGCUGGUAACGAUGGAGCUAAGGGAGAGGCUGGUGCUUCUGGUGCCCCCGGUGGUCUGGGAGCCCCUGGUAUGCAGGGAAUGCCCGGUGAACGUGGAGCCUCUGGUCUCCCCGGAGCCAAGGGAGAGAGGGGUGAUGCUGGUGGUAAGGGAGCUGAUGGUGCCCUUGGCAAAGAUGGCGGGCGUGGUAUGACUGGUGCUAUCGGAGUCCCUGGACCUCCUGGUGCUCAGGGUGAGAAGGGUGAGCCUGGCGCUGUUGGAACUCCUGGACCCAGUGGUCCCCGUGGUGGUCCUGGUGAGCGUGGAGAGACUGGUCCUUCUGGACCUGCUGGAUUUGCCGGACCUCCUGGUGCUGAUGGCCAGCCUGGUGCCAAGGGAGAGAGUGGUGAUAGUGGACCCAAGGGAGAUGCUGGUGCUCCUGGACCCUCUGGACCUGUUGGAGCUUCUGGUCCUCAGGGACCUUCUGGUCCUUCUGGACCCAAAGGUGCUCGUGGUGGUGCUGGACCUCCUGGUGCUACUGGUUUCCCUGGACCCGCCGGCAGAGUUGGACCCCCUGGCCCUCCUGGAGCUGGUGGAGCCCCUGGACCCGGUGGACCCGUUGGCAAAGAUGGACCCAGAGGAGGUCGUGGUGAGACUGGCCCUGCUGGUCGCCCUGGUGAGGCUGGUGGUGCUGGAGCCCCAGGACCCGCUGGAGACAAAGGAUCUCCUGGCUCUGAUGGACCCGCUGGUGCCCCUGGUAACCCUGGAACCAGUGGUCUUGCUGGACAGCGUGGUAAUGUAGGUCUGCCUGGACAGCGUGGAGAGCGUGGUUUCCCUGGUCUGCCUGGCUCAUUGGGUGAACCUGGAAAGCAGGGAUCUGUUGGAGCUGUUGGUGAGCGUGGAGCCCCUGGACCAGCUGGACCCCCUGGACUGUCUGGUGCUUCUGGAGAGUCUGGUCGUGAGGGAUCUCAAGGUCAUGAUGGUGCCCCUGGUCGCGAUGGAUCUCCUGGCCCCAAGGGAGACCGUGGUGAGACUGGUUUGGCUGGACCCCCUGGACCUCCUGGUACUCCUGGUGCCCCUGGAGCUGUUGGCUCCUCUGGCAAGACUGGUGACCGUGGAGAGGCUGGUACUGCUGGUCCUUCUGGUCCUUCCGGUCCUGCUGGUGUUCGCGGUCCUGCUGGCCCUGCUGGUUCAAAGGGAGACAGAGGAGAGGCUGGUGAGGCUGGAGAGAGAGGCCACAAGGGACACAGAGGAUUCACUGGCAUGCAGGGUCUGCCUGGAACUGCUGGUACUUCUGGAGAGAGAGGACCUGCUGGUGCCAAUGGACCUGCUGGACCUAGAGGACCUUCCGGAUCCAGUGGUUCCCCUGGUAAAGAUGGCAUGAACGGUCUGCCUGGACCCAUUGGACCCCCUGGACCUCGUGGUCGUAAUGGAGAGAUGGGACCUUCUGGUCCUCCUGGACCUCCUGGACCUGCCGGCCCCCCUGGACCUCCCGGAGGUGGAUUUGACUUUGUCAGCCAGCCUCUUCAGGAGAAGGCCCCUGAUCCCUUCCGUGGUGGCCACUACCGUGCUGACGACCCCAACCUGAUGCGCGAUCGCGACAUGGAGGUUGAUACCACCCUCAAGACCCUGACUCAGAAGGUUGAGAAGAUCCGCAGCCCCGACGGUACCCAGAAGAGCCCCGCCCGCAUGUGCCGUGACCUGAGGAUGUGCCACCCCGAGUGGAAGAGCGGCUCAUUCUGGGUUGAUCCCAACCAGGGCUCUCCUCUGGAUGCCAUCAAGGUCCACUGCAACAUGGAGACUGGAGAGACUUGCAUCUACCCAAGCCAGUCCAGCAUUCCCAUGAAGAACUGGUACCGCAGCAAGAACAUCAGAGAGAAGAAGCACGUCUGGUUCAGCGAGUCCAUGACCGGUGGAUUCCAGUUCCAGUAUGGCAGUGAUGGAGCCGAUUUCGAGGAUGUCAACAUCCAGAUGACCUUCAUGCGCCUGAUGUCCAACCAGGCCUCUCAGAACGUCACAUACCACUGCAAGAACAGCAUUGCCUACAUGGACUCCACCUCCGGCAACCUGAAGAAGGCUCUGCUUCUCCAGGGCUCUAAUGAUGUUGAGAUCAGAGCCGAGGGCAACAGUCGUUUCACAUACAGCGUCAGCGAAGAUGGCUGCACGUCACACACUGGCACAUGGGGCAAGACAGUCAUUGACUACAAGACAUCAAAAACAUCCCGCCUGCCCAUCAUUGACAUUGCUCCUAUGGAUGUUGGUGCCCCUGAUCAGGAAUUUGGCGUCGAAGUUGGCCCCGUUUGCUUCUUGUAAAAAAGAAAGAAAUAUGGACAUGACAUUGUUGUUUUUUUUCUAGCAGUCAUCUCUAAAUCCUAUUUCUAUGCAUUCAAAACUCAUUCGGCUGCCAUUGGUCAACAUGCUUAAAACCACUCUACUGAAGACAAUGUUUGUGCUUUUUCCAAUCAUGAGAAGUUUUGGGACCGCUACUUCAUCUGAAACCAACCACAAGGACACUUUAAAAAGAAUCUUUUGAUUCCAGUGGCAACAAGAAAAUAAUAUAUACUUGUGUAAAAUUUCCCCCUGGAGAUUGAGAAAAAAAAGAUCUGCACACGCAAUGAAACACAAUGACUUUUGCCAUUUUCUAACACUGCGGAAGGACAUUGAAAACAACAAAUGAUAUGUACCAUUUUUCUGGUGUUAAAUAAAUUGUAAAAAGUG